ACAAGACCGUAAACGAUGGCGGCAUACAGUGGUUUUCUGGGUAGCGAAGGUUUCUCGAAAUUUGAGGAGGCCAGAAAGCUUUCGGAGGAGGAUUCCAAAAAUGACCCAGAGACCAAUCCCUUCAAAUCUAAGUAUGAAGCUAGGAAGAUUCUGCAAGAUCUGCGUGCCAAGCUGGAGAAAUACCAUGGAGUUCACAUUGGCCAACAAGCUCCCGAGGACACGGACCUGCAUCUGUUGCUUGCAUGCCUUCGCUACCACCUGGGCGUUAAUUUUGUGGACACUGAAGAAACCUCCUCGGGGGAAGAUUACCUGACUGCCUGCCGUAAGAUGCUAGAGGAGUACUCCCUAGACACCAGGGCAGUUGGGCUGGUGGUAGCCACCCUCAACCAGCUGGGAAUAUUGUGGAGUGGAAGGAGGGAACUACGGAGGGCGUUGGAGAUACUACUGGAAGCAGAGAAUGUAUACAAAAAGUACAAGCAUGAAAUCGGCGUUGCACCUCAUGGAAUCAACGAGCUUUUUGUAGCGGAAGAAAACACAUUGACCGACCACCAGAGACAGCAGAAAUUUGAGAAGGCAUACACACAUACGCUGUACUACCUAGCCCAGGUCUAUGGUAAUCUAGGAGACAGCAAGAAGUCAGCCAGUCAUUGCCAUGAGACGUUAAAACGUCAAUUGGAGACCAAUCAGUACGAGGCUAUGGACUGGGCUUUGAAUUGUGCCACGCUAUCACAGUACUACAUCACCCAGGAUGACUAUACCCAGGCACGCCAUUGUUUAGCGAGUGCAACCCGAAUCUAUGCUGAAACGCUGGAGAAACUCCCAGCUGUUGAAACUGAGGCUGAUCAGUACGACGACGACAUUGACAAGAUCAAACGUCACAAAGCAGACAUUGCAAGGUGCUGGCUGAAAUACUGUCUAGCUCUGCUCAACCUGUCAAAAGAUAAACUCGCAGAGGAAGUAAGCAGACUGUCCAAUGACAGGGAUGCUUCCUUAGGGGUGGCUGAGACCGAAAACCAACUUGACAACAGGGAUGCGACGGCUGACGAAAUGCAGUCAGCGGCGCGGGAAUCCUCCGAACAGGAGAAUACUGAAUCGGAUGACGAAAAGAUGAAAAAGCUGACAUUGCAGUUUGAAGGCUUAGAGCUGACGUCGUUGGAAAGCAGAGUCACAGACAAAUGUGUGGUGACUUUUGACGAGGCCCGUGAAUUGUUCCUAGCUGGUCAGAAAUGGAUUACAGAAGCCAAGGAAUACUAUGUACUGGAUGGCCAUGUCUCUGAUUACAUAGAAAUUAUCAGAGAUCACAGUGCCCUGUUCAAAGUUCUAGCCUCCUUUGAGGUUGACCUGGAGAGGCGAUGUCGGAUGCACAAGCGAAGAGUAGACAUGCUCCAGGACAUCUUAAAGGAGUUAAACCCACAGCACUUCCUGAUGGUGUGUAGGCAACUCAUGUUUGAACUGGCUGAGACUACAAGUGAGAUGAUGGACUUGAAGAUAGCAAUAGCAGAGAGUUCAGAGGUCGCACCAACAGCUCAUGCCUGUGGUAAAGUUAACAUGUUAAUACAGCAAAGUUUGGGAUACUUUCAACAAUUCCUUGAUUCCUUGAGAGACGCUGAGAAGAAGAUGCCAUCAACGCUGGAGGAUGACGUAAUGAGGCCAGCCCUGGUGGCCUAUUUCUGCAAGGCCAGAUUAUAUUCAAAGAUCGUCACACCAAACCCAGAACAGAGAAUAGAAAACUUAACUACCAGCUUACAGAAUUACAAGUUCGUGGUAGACUAUUGCAAGUGCCACCCAGAGGCCAUGGAGAAGAUGAAAGCAGAGUAUGAACUUUGUGAGGAGAUGGUUGCCCUACUGCCAGCACGCAUUGCCCAGGUCAGCAGAGAGUGAAAGAGUUAGGUUACCAUGGCACCUGCUACGCUACUCCGUCAAUCCAAGAGAAAAAUUACAGUGUCAUUAAAAUGGGGGGAUUCCAUUGUUGGCCUUUUUGAAAAUGUUUGAAAGAGUGACCUGAAAUGAGAUCCGAUAGGUAAACUUAAAAGAAUAAGUUGAAAUUAAUUCCCGGAUAUCUGAGUUUAAACUUAGUGUACAUAUGGAUGUCAAUAAAUUCUAUAUUUUGUUUUGAUAUUUCAAAAGUGUAAACUCAUUUGUGGACAAGUCAGUGUUUGACAGUGUGUGAACUUUGAUUGUGUGCUUGGCGGGCAAAAAUCAUGCAAGCUGUGACUGUGCUUCAUAUCAACUGUCAGUGAAAAAUGAAACGUUGGCAACACUUCCAUAAGGCUUCAAACUUCAGACUUCCUUUUUGUAUUGUGAUGUUCCAGGUAUCUUGAUUCAAUUCUUUUCACCUGUCACUCUAGCGGCCAAAAGACCAACCAUUGACCAGUGUCAGUUAUGAAUUAGAACAAAAUCAGUUUGUGCAUUUCUCUAGACUAAAAUAGGACAGAGGCAAGUCUUACAACUGCCUGAUUUUCUAAUUUUCCCCCCCAAAAUUGGCCAUUUUGUUAGAACCAUAUCUGUGUGCAGUCACACACCUUUAUAACAAGGUCACUGAGGAUUUACAAUUACCUUGUUAAAAGAGGGACCUUGUGUUGUUGGAAAAUGAUUACAAAAGAUUGGGGAAUGUAAAAUUUGUUCUAAGCAGGAUGUUACAUUAAUAGUACUGAUAAUGUCAGUCUGGACUGUAAACCUGUUUCCUGCAAACCUUCAAUUUUAACCUUAAAUGUCAGAGCCGUCUAAUGUCGCUGGAAAAAGUUAGCUAAAUGUGACUUGUUUUUUGUAGUGUUUUACAGGCAGUUUCUAAAUACUGUGGGAAACACUUGCAACUCACACAUCAAUGCUUUUUCAAUAUUUCUUCAAAAGACACCCCAUUAAAGCUCUUUUUUCAAAUGUAUCCAAUCUUUUCUCUUCAAAUGUUUACACCAAGCUGGUUUCGUGUAAUUGUCUUUGAUCCUGUGCAGUCUCAGUAAGAAUGUGUCCGAGCGAAAACAGCAACUGUACGGUAUUGUGAGCAUACUUCCUUUCCGUAUAUGAUGUUGCUCAGAUUUUUACUGAAGUUAAGUUUGGUUUGGAAAUGAGGGUGGUCGACAUGUUUGAUUCUCAUCUGCGUUUUAUUCACAACCCAUCCAUUGCCAUGCAUCAUGGGUUGAUCUGUGCAAUUCUAAGUAAGUACAAAUGUACAUUGUAGAAUGUGUAUGAAAUGUAAAGCUCACAGUGAAUAAAGGCAGCACCUGUUUGUGGAGUGAAAGUG